AGAUUAUAAUCUCUCACACUCGAGCAAGUUUAUCUUAGCCUCCCUCCAAAAUUCAACAAUGGCCACUUCUUUAAUGUCUCUGUCUUCUUCGUUUCUUCAACCUCUGAAACUCAAAACCCUAGCAAAACCCAGAAACACUCACUUAUCUACCACCAGAAAAAUUAUAACAACAUGCGAUUCCCAAAAGAACACUGGGAAGUCUAACCCAAGCAGCAGAAACCCUAAUUUCCAGAAACGGCGAAACUCCUCCAAGUAUGGAACUUCUAGAAGGUCGAUCCUCAAGAAAUCGUUUUUACAAGAGCAAGUUACUUUCACCGCACGAAUCUCUGAUGACCCCCACGUGGCGAUUAUCGGUGGAGGAAUGGCGGGUUUGAUCUGCGCACUGAACCUGGAAGCUCGUGGCGUCCAAUCCACAGUUUUCGAUACGGGGAUACAUGGGUUAGGAGGAAGACUUGGAACAAGGAUUAUUGAACCACAGGGACUGAUUUUCGAUCACGCUGCUCAAUUCUUCACUGCUGAUGACGCUCGGUUUAUCAAAUUGGUAGAUGGGUGGUUAGAGAAAGGACUUGUUCGAGAGUGGAAAGGUGCUGUGGGAGAGCUUGAAAUUGGAGGUAGCUUCUCACAGUUUCCCUCAUCAUCACCUCCAAGAUACAUUGCUGCUAAUGGCAUGCGAUCUCUCGCUGAUUCAUUGCUAUUAGAGAGUCAAAUGGUGAAUCUGGUAAGGCCUUGUUGGAUCAGUAAGUUGGAACCACUUAAUGGGAUGUGGCAUUUAAGUGAGAAUGGAACACCUCGUGGUCAGUUUGAUGUCAUAGUCAUUGCUCAUAAUGGUAAAUGCGCAAAUCGCUUGCUUUCAGCAUCAGGCUUGCCCCUAGUGGCUAAACAGAUGAAGAAACUGGAUUUGAGUUCAAUAUGGGCUCUAUUAGCAGCUUUUGAUGAUCCUCUUCCUACAGUGAACUUUGAGGGAGCGUUUGUGAAAGGAGUUGAAUCAUUGUCUUGGAUGGGAAAUAACUCUGCAAAGCUUGGAAAUGGCAGAAAUCCACAUUGCUGGACAUUUUUCAGUACUGCAGCAUAUGGGAAACAGAACAAAGUUCCUCAGGAAAACAUCCCAACGGUCACGACAGAGAAAGUUAAAGCCGGGAUGCUUCAAGGUGUGGAAAUCGCAUUGGGGUUGCCUGAAGGCUCGCUUCCUAAACCCGUUUACACACGUCUCCAGCUAUGGGGAGCAGCUUUGCCGAAGAACACUCCUGCAGUUCCAUGUAUAUUUGAUCCACAAGGCCGUGCUGGUAUAUGCGGUGACUGGCUUCUUGGUUCUAACCUAGAAUCCGCAGCUUUAAGCGGUGCAGCUUUAGGAAACCAUAUUGCGGAAUUCUUGCAGAACGGUGAAGCUAAUCCGGAAGAGUUUGCAAUCGGUUUACAUGAUAGGUUAAGUCCUCUUGAUGGCCAUGAUAUUGGCCAGUUUCCUGGUUUAACUUCAGUGGGAGAAAAGGAAGAAGCGAAUGCAUAUCAACUUCUGGUCAGUUAUACUCUGAAUUGGGAUCUACGGUACUCGUUUUCUCCCCCCAUCGGCGGUUUGAUAUUCGGUCAAAACAAUACUAAAGCGAUGAUUGGAAACCCUAGUACGGCUUCUUUCAACGAUAAACGAUCUCUGAUGAGCUUUGAUCUGAACUCUGAAGACUUUAAUGUUGCUAAGCUACCUGAGGAUUAUACAUUACAACAGUUUGGUAAUUUGGUGGACCAUAGUGGAAAGAUAGCUAUAGUGAGUCAGGCAUACAGUGGUCCAAUGGACCUGUGGGUUCUUGAAGAUGCCAGCAAAGAAGAGUGGUCAAAAGUUGCUGCCAUAGUUCCUUCUAUUACAGAUAUAGCUGGGAAUGUUCAAAGACUCAUCUUCAGAGGUAUACUUCCUACUGGUGAGAUUAUACUUGCACUGCUCCCAACCCCCAAGCCGCCCUUCUUUUUUCUCUGUUACGAUCCCAAGGAAAAAAAUGCUAGAAAAGUUGUGAUUGAAGGGAUUGGAGAAGACUAUGCUGCAGUCAAUGUCUUUUUCGAUCAUGUAGAGAGUCAUAUGGUUCUGUCAAAGGUAAGUUAAUUUGUUGAUGACUUGUUCUUUUGGUGUUGCCCGACCUUUCUCUUCUUUGUUAAGUUCCAUUUCCUUAUUAUUGGAAUUGAGACAUUUGAUUCACAUAUUCGUAAGUCUUUUUUGGUCAAUAUGCAUGGUUUUGUAUGCUUUAGGAUUAUGCAAAUGCAAUGCUUACGACUUUAUUAAAGUAACUUCUUCUGG